AUGACAUCCACAAAACCCCGCGGUUUCGCCCCUCUCGACCCCACCAAUGCCCCAACACCACCGUUAUUCCCUCAUCUCCAAGCUGUCGUAUUUGACGUAGACGGUACGCUUUGUCUUCCACAAUCAUGGAUGUUCGCUGAAAUGCGACGACAAUUGGGGAUUACGAAGGGAACGGAUAUACUCGAUCAUGUAUUGGGUUUGCCUGAUACUGUUCCCGAAGGUGGAGGGUUGGUGGGUGGGAAAUCGGAGCAGGAAGUUGGGUUUGAAAAGAUUAGAGCGGUGGAGAGGGAGGCGAUGGGACAGAUGCAGCCGCAGGAAGGGUUGGUCGAGUUGAUGGAUUAUUUGGAUAGGAGGGGGGUUAGGAAGGCUAUUUGUACCAGGAAUUUUGAUGCGCCGGUGGAGCAUCUGAUCACGAAUUUUAUAACGGGACAUACGUUCUUUCCGAUCGUGACGAGGGAUUUUAAGCCACCAAAGCCGAGUCCGGCGGGGAUUUUGCAUAUUGCGAAGGAAUUGGGAUUGGAAGGGGGUGCUUCCGGUGUGAUCAUGGUUGGCGAUAGUCUAGACGACAUGGCAGCAGGGCGCAGAGCAGGUGGAUUGACAGUGCUACUGCAGAAUAACGAGAACAAGGAAUUGAAGGGACAUGAAUAUACAGAUUUUAGUGUUACAAGAUUGUCGGAUUUGAUAGAGAUACUCGAGAAAGGGAUUGUGGCACGGCAAUAG